UUGGUCUCGUGCCGGUCGUACCAUGGACCGACUCUAUGGCACACAGAACCACGGCCGGGCUAUCCUGACGGUGUUCCAGUCAUCCCAGUCACUGCGAUUAAAUCAACAUUUGAGCACGGUGGGAAAGCAAUGUCCCGUACUAAAUUACCCUUGCGCCUUGCGUGGGCUGUUACCGUGCACAAAUCUCAGGGCACAACCCUCUCGAAAGCCAGAAUUGGUCUCGGGACAAGGGAGUUUUGUUCCAGCCUCACCUUUGUAGCACUAUCAAGGGUGAAAGACUCGCUAGAUCUACUGCUCAUCAAUCAGGGGGACUUCAAUCGGGUC